AUGUCCUCUUUUGAUAGGCCUUUUGGACAUUUUAUGCGUGUCUUGGUUGAUUUGGAUCUUCAAAAAAAAUUCAUUGAUAAAAUACUGGUUGAAAGAGUAGGAUUCGCGUUCUUUGUGGACAUAGAGUAUGAAAAAGUUCCGGAUUUCUAUUCUUUCUUCUCGAGUAUUGGUCACACAGUGAAUACUUGUAAAAGGAAAGUAAAUAGCAAAGACAAUGCAGGGGAAAGGAAGCAAAACAAAGUUGACAUAACUCUUAAAGGUAAGAAAGUUGUGGAGGUAGUAGAAGUUGACACUAACUCUGAGGAAGAGGCUACCAAGGACCAGACAAAGCAGGAUAACAACCUCGUGGCAGGAGUAACUUCCAACAAGCAAGCCCUAAAUGCUUUAGUGGAUUCCACUGCAGUUGUUAAUUAUGUUACAAAACCAUCCACUGAGGAGGAAGGAAAUUCAGAGAGUGAAUACAUUGAUGAUACCCUUAUGGUUGAAGAGGUCCCUGAAACCCAAAUUGAUGAAGCUCAUAGGAAGCAAAUCACUGACUUUCUGCAGGACUCUUGGGACAACUUGGCUGAUAAGGACAAGGAUGAUGAUCAGGGAGUGGAUCUCUUGCCUGAGAAGGAUUUCAAACUAGUUACUUCAAAGAGAAGAAAAGGCAAGAAAAGUUUGGCCCAAGGAAACACUAGACUGGUGUCUAGUCAACCACCUAGAUUACAAUGA